GUAUUAUAGUAACUGACACACGCUAGCUACCUAACUAGUCAUGCAUUGCUUCUCCUUUCGACUAAAAAUCAUGUAAGUUCAUGAAACCACAAGACAAAAGAUUUUGUUAGUAUUCCCUCUCCCUCUCCCUCUCCCUCUUCCUCUGUGUGUUUUUGUGUGUGUGUUGUGUUCGACAAAUUGUGCCAAAGAAAAUGGGAGAACCCAAUUCAGAUCAGAGAGAGAUGAACCCCCAGCAGACUACAAAGAGACCAAAAGGAGGCCUAGUCACCAUGCCAUUUAUCAUAGCAAAUGAGGCGUUUGAGAAGGUUUCAAGCUAUGGGUUGAUGCCUAACAUGAUACUCUACUUGAUGAGAGAUUACAGAGUGUCAGUAGCUAAAGGCACCAACAUACUCUUCUUCUGGUCAGCUGCGACAAAUUUCUUGCCUCUUUUGGGGGCCUUUGUUUCUGAUUCCUAUUUGGGGCGCUUCCUCACCAUUGCCUUGGGCUCUAUCGCCAGUUUCUCGGGAACAGUUCUCUUAUGGUCUACAACAAUGGUUCCACACGUAAAGCCUCCACCUUGCAAUCAAUCAACCAAUGUUUGCGAAUCUCCAACAACAGGACAAAUGACCUUUCUAAUAUCCUCCUUUGUUCUUAUAUCAAUUGGAGCUGGUGGCAUUAGGCCAUGUUCCUUGGCAUUUGGUGCAGAUCAGUUGCACGAUAAAGUUCGCUCUGGAGACAAGAGGGUCUUGGAGAGUUUCUUUGGUUGGUACUAUGCCUCCUCAUCUGUUGCUGUGCUGAUUGCUUUGACUGGUAUUGUGUAUAUUCAAGAACAUCUCGGAUGGAAAGUAGGAUUUGGAGUUCCUGCUAUUAUCAUGUUCUUCUCAGCAUUGGUGUUCUUCCUUGCAUCUCCCCUUUAUAUCAAGCGAAAAGGAAAACAAAGUUUAUUCACAGGUUUUGUUCAGGUGGUUGUCGCUUCCUAUAAAAAUAGAAAGCUUCCGUUCCCUCCUCUAAAUUCAAAAGGAGGUUACCAUCAGAAGAAAGACUCAAACCUUGUUGCGCCAACGGAUAAAUUAAGGUUCUUGAAUAAAUCUUGCAUCAUCAGUAAUCCAGAACAAGAUUUAGCACCAGAUGGAUCGGCUUCAAACCCUUGGCAGCUUUGCACAAUAGAGCAAGUAGAAGAGCUCAAAGCACUCAUCAAGGUGAUCCCAUUAUGGUCUACAGGGGUCCUAAUGUCGAUAAACAUUAGCCAAAGCUCAUUCCCAUUGCUCCAAGCCAAUUCAAUGAACCGACAUGUCACUUCAGGAUUCCAAAUACCGGCUGGCUCAUUUGGGAUGUUCACAAUUAUUACUCUAACCAUUUGGAUACUUCUCUACGAUCGAGUAAUCCUUCCCGUAGCAUCGAAGAUCAAAGGUAAACCUGUAAUACUAGGUGUUAAACUAAGAAUGGGAAUCGGGAUAUUCUUUUCCUUCCUUUCCAUGGCAGUUUCAGCAAUCGUUGAGAGCAUUCGACGCAGAAGAGCAAUCAGGGAAGGUUUUGCAAACAAUCCUCAAGCAGUACUUAUGGACAUGAAUGCAAUGUGGCUUGCACCACAACACUGCUUGAAUGGUUUAGCUGAAGCCUUCAAUGCUAUAGGCCAAACAGAGUUCUAUUACUCAGAGUUCCCAAGGAGUAUGUCAAGCAUUGCUUCUGCUCUAUUCGGACUCGGCAUGGCUGUGGCUAACUUGCUAGCAAGUGUGAUUUUGAGCAGUAUGGAUCACAUUACUUCCAAAGGAGGAAAAGAAAGUUGGGUUUCAAGCAACAUCAACAAGGGUCACUAUGACAAUUACUACUGGGUUCUUGCCAUAUUGAGCUUCAUUAACUUGCUCUAUUUUGUUGUUUGUAGUUGGUGGUAUGGACCUUGUGCAGAACAGUAUACAAACUUAGAGGAGGGGGAUCAAGAAGAGUUAACCGAGCUCGAUAAAUCGCAUGCUUGAUUUUGAUGAUAUUCAUGUGUUCUUAGCCUGUGUAACAUAGUGAAUAUAUAUACUUGUGUGGUUUGGAUUAUAGAAAUCAAGACUAUAAUCUUACAAUUAGGUAUGUAUCUGAUACUGUACUUCCAAGUCUUUUUUUAUUUUUUUUACAUGUUUAAUAGCAGUUGGAGGCAUAUUGACAUUGUAAGUCUAGAUUGACUACAGAAAGUUAUUGAUGGGCUUCUACACUUACAGCUA